AAACAGAAAAAGUUGGUUGAAUAGCAUUAUUUUACAUAUACUCGAUCACCUCCUACCCGCCUUCUACUUCAACUUCCAAUUCCUCCGUCAAACUCCAGCCACCACUGCGGAUUAUCGUUUCCAAAUUGCAAGAUCUUCAUCCUGUCACUUGAAAAAUAACAUCAGAAUUAAAGCAGUUAAAAUGGCCGAUUAUACUUUCGGACCUCACAAAAUCGAUCACAACGACGUCUUCUACACCACAGAUCUUCUUUACGCUUUUGUGAAUCUACGCCCUGUUCUUCCUGGUCAUGUGUUGGUAUGCCCAAAGCGCGAAGUAAAGCGAUUUGGUGAGCUUACGACAGAGGAGACUAGUGAGAUGUGGAUUACAGCUAAGAGAAUUGGUAAUAUGCUCGAGAAUUAUCACAAAGCAUCUUCUCUCACCUUUACAAUCCAAGAUGGCCCACAAGCAGGACAAUCUGUUCCACAUGUUCAUAUACAUAUCGUCCCUCGAAAAGUUGGAGACUUUGAGAAUAACGAUGAUAUAUAUGAUGCUAUCGAUGAGUCGGAUAAGAAUUUGAAGAAAAAACUAGACUUGGACAAGGAGCGGAAGGAUAGAAGCUCGGAGGAGAGGGUUCAAGAGGCAGAAGAAUACAGAAAGCUUCUGUCAUUCGAGCCAGAAUCAUAAUAUUGUUAAAACUCUUUUGUAUAUUUAUGUAUGUAUUUGGAAUAAUUCAUAAUAAAUAUGAUUGUUGCA